UGUGUGUGUGUGUGUGUUAGCUUUCACAAUCAAAGCCGACAGGCUACAACUGGAAUGGUAGUCAGACAAGAGGGUGUGCCCAUGCAGGCAGGUAAGCCGUGUCCAAACCUGCUCACCUUGUCUGCUGCUGAAGCAAACCAGGACCACAUACCUGCAUUUUGGAUACUGGAGCAUUCUCUGUCUUGCCUCUUCGCUCUGCACUUCUCUCAACCAACCCGUGUAUUCAUAUCUGGAUUAGGGUGUUAUUGUUAAAAUAGCAGAUAUGACAGUCAAAGUGUUUUUUAGCAGCGUCAGCGGUUCCGUAGAGAUGAAGAAAAAUCAGGAAAGAAUCUUUUCGAUCCUCACCUCCAAGAAGAUCCCCUUCGAGGCUGUGGACAUUUCUCAGAAUUCUGAUGACAAAGAUUUAAUGAGGAAGAGGGCAGGGAACCCGACUGCACUGCCCCCUCAAAUAUGCAAUGGGGACGUCUACUGUGGGGACUUUGCUGCAUUCGAAAAUGCAAUUGAGAUGGAACAAUUAGAAGCUUUUCUCAAAGUCUAAAAGGAACGGUGACUAGCUACGGGUCUGCUAAACAACAUCGCCAUGUUCGCUGCAUCAUCUGCCUACCGACUCAAAUAAUCAAACUAACCAAAAAAUGAAAUCUGUAAAAGACAUAUGCUUUAUUAAUGUUUGAUGACGAAUGCUCAAAACUCACUUUUUAAUUUGGCUUGUGAAGUGUAAAUGCUUGUCUAGCCUUCCUUUCAGUGGAAGGCAUAUUAUUAUGUUUGGAGUUGCACAUCUGAAACGUUUGUAUGAUUAAAAUAAAAAUUGUUUAAAUUGUUUGAACUCUGCCUGUUACACUCAUUGACACCAGUAUAUAGUCAUGUUUUAUUUGUUUUUUGUGUUCACACAAAUAAAAUAAAUUUAGUAAUGAGAUUGGCUGUCAACUCAUUCAGACCAAAGCAGCCGAUCACAUACCUAGCUCUGUCCUUUUUAUCUAAGACUUUGUGAUGAAAAGUAGGAUUAUGAAAUAAAACAGCAUUGGGAAAAAUGUGUUAUGACUUCAGAAAGUUGUUUUGAAAUGAAAACUGCUGGAAUUACAAAUGACCUGCAAUAAACUCUGAUAUUGUGAAAAGAAGCAGUAUUAAUCUGAGGGUUUUUUUUAAAUGUAUUGGAUUUCUCAAUUUGAAUUGUUUUCAUGUUAUUAUUAUUAUUAUUACUAUUAUUAUUAUUAUUAUUAUUAUGUCUCAUUGAUAAGUUUCUGAAGUAUUGUUUUAGGACUUGCUGUAAUAUCAAGCAGAACAUUUGAUCCCACUAUAUUACACAUUAUAUUAUAAUAUAAUUUAUAAUAAUAAAUGAAUUAUUUUGGCAAAGCUCAGUCACAAAUGCAAAUUGUGUUAGAAUUGGAGUGCAGCCAAGUGUGACAUGUUGGCUGUACCUCUCUCAAAUCUCUGAGAACUAUGAGUAGCAAAGAAGCCUAGAAAUGAAUCUCUUUACACAAUAUGAUACACAUUAAAAUCUGGUUUGUUUAACUUUAUUUAUUUAUCUGUUUGAGUCUCUUUGCUGGUGAAGUUGAAGAAUGCCAUUACUAUCUUGUAAAUAUGAUUACUGAUUCAAUGAAGCAUAAACAUGUAGCCUGUUGAAGAAAAAGGUUUUUUUCCUAAUUGCAAAUGGGAAAGACCAGAAGAAAAAUAGCAGAGACAACUUUAUCAUCAGCAUGCUCAUUCACAACAUGUGCUCCCAGAAACAUUUCUUUAUUUGUUUUGGCACUGUACCCAUACCAAAAGGCUGUGGAAAGACUUGAGAUUUAUUAUUGAUAAUACUGACUCUGAUUUCACUUUAUGCCUAGAAUGUUUUGUUUGGUUUCAAUAAACAUAAUGGCAACAAAAUCUAAUAUUUCUAACCUAAUCAUUCUUUUAGCAAAUGUCAUAUCCACAAAUCCAAAUUUAAUAACUAAACCAUUCUUUAUAUAUUUGAAAAUGAAACCAAGCAAUAUGAAAAUUAUUUUCUCUGCCAAAAACAAGAAGGUUAUCAAGAUAAUACGUUUGUGCAACGCCUUUAAUAUAUUUGUAUGAAUGAAUAAUGUCCUCUGGCUUUGUAUAUGUAUACUGUCCCCUGGCAUUUAGUUCAUCUUGUUUAUUUUAUUGUGAUUGACUGAUGUCACUUGAUUAUUUUCUGUAUCUAAAUUUUGUAUAAUAAAGAACGUUUAAAAAAACUGAAACUACAACAGGCACAACAUUGGACGCCACUGUGCAGCGCUGAUGGGGCCUGGUGGUAUUAAAGCAAUGUCGCGG